AUGGCGCCGGUGCCUGCUCUUCUCUGGCGGUCGCUGCGAGCGCAUCAGGUUUACGGCGCGAAUACUGAUGUUGGAAAGACGAUUUUCAGUACGAUUCUGUGUAACUCUGCGAGUAAGCGGGGUGAUAAGACGUGGUUUCUUAAGCCGGUUUCUACAGGGGCUGCGGAUGAGGCUGAUGGAUGGUGUAAUCAUAUUCAACGAUAUGCUCCGUCGACGAAUCAUGAGACGCUCUUCCAAUACGAUAUUCCCUGCAGUCCUCAUAUAGCUGCAAAGGCAUCUGGCAAGCCAAUCCCAUCCGAUCGAGAUGUCCUCACAAAGAUCUACGACACCACGUCUCGAUACGCAUCUGAUGGUCCAGGAUGGCUGUUUCUAGAGACUGCUGGCGGCGUUCACUCACCUGGUCCAUCUGGUACGCCCCAAGCUGAUCUCUACGCUCCAUUGCGAGCACCAGUCAUCCUCGUUGGCGAUUCAAAGCUCGGCGGCAUCUCACAGACUAUUUCUGCCUAUGAGUCUUUGAGAAUGCGUGGCCAUGACAUUGAGUCAAUUCUUCUGUUUCAGGACAUGAAGUACGAAAACUAUCAAUACCUUCGAGACUACUUUGCAAAGCAGGGCGGCAUCUCUGUCGAUACAGUCCCCGAACCACCCACUCGACUGGACAAUGAACAGGAAGACAUUGAGCAGAUGAAAGAGUACUACGCCGCCCGCAACGUCGACCACGUUCUCGAAGCGCUCGACAAACGAGGAAAAGACCGAAUCUCCCGCCUCGAAUCAAUGUCCUCCAAAGCAAGCAAAUCAAUCUGGUACCCCUUCACCCAACAAAAGCUCGUCACCGCCGAUACAAUCUCCGCCAUCGACUCAGCCCACGGCGACUAUUUCCAAGUCCUCAACCCAUCCUCUCCGAAUCUACUCCAGCCCGCCUUUGACGGCUCAGCAUCAUGGUGGUCCCAAGGUCUCGGCCACGCCAACUCGCGCCUCACCCUCGCAGCAGCCUACGCAGCCGGUCGGUACGGCCACGUAAUGUUUGCCGAGGCAAUCCACGAGCCUGCAUUAGCACUUGCGGAGAUGCUCCUCAAGGGUGCGGACAACCCGCGAUUUUCACGUGUUUUCUACUCUGAUAAUGGAAGCACGGGGUGUGAAGUCGCUGUCAAGAUGGCGCUGAGGGCGGCGAGGCUGCGGUAUGGCUGGGGACCGAAUGAUAAUGUUCAUAUCCUUGGACUCAAGGGGAGUUAUCACGGAGACACGAUUGGUGCGAUGGAUUGUGCGGAGCCGUGUGUUUACAAUGAAAAGAUUGAGUGGUAUGAGGGUAAGGGGUAUUGGUUUGACUAUCCUACCAUUCAGUGCGUCAAGGGAAAAUGGGUUGUUCAGGUCCCUGAGGGUCUGAGGGAUGAGCUGGGACACGAUUCGGACCUCAGAUCGAUCUCGGAGGUUUUUGAUCUCGAAUCUCGGCUCAAUACCGAGCACUACCGAAAGUAUGAGCGCUACAUUGAAUGCGUUCUCUCAAAACUCCAAGCUUCUGGACGCAAGUUCGGCGCUCUCAUGAUGGAGCCGAUAAUCCUCGGCGCAGGAGGAAUGCUCUUUGUUGAUCCCCUCUUCCAAAGAGCUCUAGUGGACGUGGUCCGUCGAUCCCCUCACCUCUUCGGCAACGCUACCAGCCCCAAAGACCCACUCUCAUGGUCUGGACUCCCCGUGAUUUUCGACGAAGUUUUUACCGGGCUAUACCGCCUCGGUCGGUUUACAGCGGCGUCAUUCCUCGGCACCGACGCCGACAUCUCCGUCAACGCUAAGCUACUUACAGGCGGGCUUGUACCCCUGUGCACGACGAUGGCGUCUGAGAGUAUUUUCGAUGCGUUUGUUAGUGAUGACAAGAGUGAUGCUUUGCUGCACGGACAUAGUUAUACGGCACAUGCUGUUGGAUGUCAAGUUGCUGUUGAGUCGGUGCGGGAGAUGCAGGAUAUGGAGAAGAGGGGAGAAUGGGAAUGGGCGGAGAAGGAUUGGGAGAAGAAUACUCAGGCUUGGUCUGUUUGGUCGAGAGAGUUUGUCAACAAUGUCUCGCAUAAUCAGCAGGUUCUGGGUGUUUGGGCUCUUGGAAGUGUUUUGGCGAUUAGUUUGAGGGAUGAUGAUGGUGUUGGGUACAAGAGUCUGGCUGCCAAGAAGAUUCAGACCCAUUUGAGAGAGGGAGCUGGGACUUGGAAUGCUCACAGUCGAGUUUUGGGCAACGUCUUUUAUGUCAUGGCGAGCCAGAAGACGAGUCGACAGAGUCUUGAAGAAUUGCAGGGGUUGUUAUUGGGGGCUUUGAGUAAAUAG